UUCUACACAUUCACUCCCAAUAUUUGUAUCUAAAAUACAAUUAUUUUCUCUAAAUUUAACUUCCUUCAUGGAUGUACUAGGCGUUCGUCAAAGGAAAAGCAAUAAGAAGCACUCCAAGAGAAGGAAUUCUAACAGAGAUAUCAAAGUCGUUUAUAUCUCGAGUCCCAUGAAGGUGAUGACAUGUGCCUCACAGUUCCGAGCUUUGGUUCAAGAACUCACCGGGAAAGACUCCGAUGCUGCCGUCCGAUUCAUGGACGAUGAUGACAACGUCUCCGAUAAUUCUCCUACCUAUUCCAGUUCAGCGAGGGUUCAUGGUGAUGGUGUUCUUGGAUUGCCUUGUGCAAUUUUCAAUCACGGGUUCAUGUUUGAAUCAUUUGAUGAUGAACUUAUUUCGGAAGGAGAUUUCUCCAGGAUGCUUACAUCAAAUUUGUCUGACGAUCCUUCUCAUAUCGACACUUUUAGAAGUUUUGGGCCAAAUUAA